AUGGCCUCCGUCCGCAACAGCACACGAUUCUCCUCUCGUCUGUUCUCCAAGUCGUCAAUACCCAAGUCGGCGUCAUUUGCUCCAAAAGCCACGCCGGCCGCGGCAUUCACAUUUUCGACAUCGUCCACCAGCAGCAGCGCCAGCGGUAGCACCAGCGGUAGCACGAAUGCUCUGCCCCAGCAGACAUCGUCGCCGUCGGGGGCGGGUCUUGCCGGCCUGACAUCGAUUCCCCGCGUCCCGUCGGCGAUCGCGAACGCCCGUGCCCAGCAAUCACAGCUGGCCCUCCUCGUUUCCCAGGGAUCAAGCCAAAAUGAUGGGGUAUACUCUUCACGCUCCUGCCCAGCAUCCCGGCCGCUCGCUCUCGGAUCGCCUGGACAGACCUUGAUUGCUGACGGUGGCAAACAAGGCUCGAGCUGA